AUGAGAAUGGGUUCAACCUAGUACCAUUCAGUUUGGCGGUGCCUUCUCCAUUAGAAGCAGAUCCCUCCUGAUAUGCGUCCUAAGGUAUCUCCGAGCUCGGACACAAGGUUUGUCAACAAGUGAGCGGUGAUAUUGACAUGGCGUAGCUCCAACGCAGACUAUCCACUUCCGGCCAACGGGGCCGUGUUGUACAAGUGGGCAGUGCCCUACUUCAAUCGGUAUAAAAGCUCAGGGUCAGGUUGCAGCAUCCUCAUCCUCCCGCUCCUGUUUUUUUUACUACACUAAACUUAGGUCGCACGUACCUUGUUAGCAUCAUGACCACUGUUCCUCCCGUUGAUCUCAAGAACAUCCAGGGUGACAUUUUGGCUGGUAUCCCUAAGAAGUUCGAAACCACUAUGUUCUUCCAGAUAAGCAACGAUGUCGAAGGGUUCCGCAAGCGCCUCACCCAGAUUGUCCCGCUUAUUACCACUACCACAGAGGUUUCUGGUCAUCGAGAGGCUAUCUCUAAGAAUAAGGAGGAAGCAGCGGCACAGGGACGCAAGCCCGACUUGCUCCCUAUUGUCGGUGUCACUCUUGCAUUCUCUCAGUUUGGUUUAAAGAAGAUCGGUGUGAACGAUCCUAUUGGUGACCCCGCCUUCCAAGCUGGCCAACUGGCCGAUGCUCAGAACCUCGGAGACAAGGGCACUACCACGAAUGGUACCUUCACCCCCGACUGGCUCCCAGCAUUCAAGAACCAAGUACAUGGUGUAUUUGUCAUUGCUGGUGACUCUCAUAUCACUAUCGACGCCAGAUUGGUGCAAAUCCGUCUCAUUCUCGGGACGACCAUUCAUGAAGUCUUCAGUGUCACUGGCAAUGUUCGCCCUGGUGACCAGAAAGGUCAUGAGCAUUUCGGAUUCUUGGAUGGAAUCUCCAACCCAGCCGUUCAGAACUUCGAUACUAAACCCUUCCCAGGACAGGAGACCAUCCGUCCAGGGUUCAUCCUACUCGGACGUGACCAGGACCCCAACAUUGCUAAUCGUCCUGCCUGGGCGGUCGAAGGAAGUUUCCUGGUAUUCCGUUACCUCUCUCAGCUAGUGCCCGAAUUCGACGACUUCCUGAAGAAGAACCCAAUCGUUCUCCCCGGCCUUACCCCAGAGCAAGGAAGUGAGUUCUUGGGUGCUCGACUCGUCGGGCGUUGGAAGAGCGGUGCACCACUGGACUUGGCUCCCUUGCAAGAUGAUCCCGCCCUUGGUGCUGAUCCUCAACGCAACAACAACUUCCGAUAUGACUUCCCAGAGGACUUCCAAACUCAGGAUCGCUGCCCCUUCGCCGCCCAUGUCCGCAAGACCAACCCUCGCAACGACCUUGAGAGCUUGGGUAUAUCCACGGAGAAAAAUCGUAUUAUUCGCCGUGGUGUUCCAUUUGGACCCGAGGUGACCAAAGACGAGGUGACUCAGAAGAAGACCCUGCACGAUCGGGGCCUUCUUUUCAGAUGCUACCAGAGUGUCAUCGCCAAUGGCUUCCAGUUCAUUCAACACUCUUGGGCGAACAAUACUGGCUUCCCUAUCCAGAAGCCUGAAGUUCCUGGGUUCGAUCCCAUUAUCGGCCAGGCUGCUGAUCCUACGUCCCGUACUAUGUCUGGAAGCAACCCUCAGAACCAGACGGCGACCUUAUCUCUGCCUACAGAAUGGGUUGUCUCCAAGGGCGGCGAGUAUUUCUUCGCACCUUCCAUCUCUGUUUUGCGGGAUACCUUUGCAUUGGGUGUGCACAUUGUGUGAACGCACAUAGCGUUAGAUAUUUGGGACAUGGCAUAUCACCAGGAUCGAUUGGCUUUCGGACAGAUUCGUGGAAUAAUAAUAUCAUGUACAAUAUGCAACUGCUCCAUUGACAAUAUCUACCUGUAUAUCGCUCGUCUAGCCAGAGAAAGUGUGCACUGAACAUACCUACAUUAAUAUGUCCCGACAUAACAGAAAUACAACCUACGUUCUAAC